CAAAGAAAUAAAAAUGUCGCAGACUCCAGUUGGGCCUCACAGACACAUGUAACUCAAAUAUUAAAUUGCAGCAACCAAAGUUACAGUCCACACUUCUGUUGCUAGGAUACAGCGAAUACUGAGACCUCUCUCGGUUACGGACACCAGCUAGAAGCGUUAAACGUGUAUUAUAACAAUAUUAAUUCGAGUUUUAGUAAGUUAUCCGCUUGGACACAUCCUAAGGGUUUUCACUCAGUCAUGCCGAACAUGAAAAUAUCUCAGACAACAUUGUUGGAUACACAGUCAAAGAAAUCUGGACUGCGGUGCACAGUUUUCUCCGUCGACGGAAAUGGAUACACUGGAGAGUGGCUGAACAACAAGAAGCAUGGGAAGGGAACUCAGGUUUGGAAGAAGUCCGGUGCCAUUUAUGAUGGAGAUUGGAAAUUUGGGAAACGUAAUGGAUACGCUACCCUCAGUGUGCUGCUUCCAGAAACAAAGGAGUAUACAAGGAAGCACUGUGGUGAAUGGAAAAAUGGAAAGAAGCAUGGGUACGGGAUGCACUUCUACAAAAGCUCAUGUGUUUAUGAGGGGGAGUGGAGUGAGGGCCAACGAAGUGGCUGGGGAAGGAUGUACUAUAAGAGUGGAGACAUCUAUGAGGGAGAGUGGCUAAAGGAUAGGAAUCAUGGACAGGGCACCAUCCGAUUUGCAAAUGAAAAUUGGUAUGAAGGCAGCUGGCGAGAUGGCAAGAAGAACGGUAAUGGAAAGUUCUACUAUUCUGACAAAGGCCAGAUUUAUGAAGGCUUUUGGAUGGAUGGAGUGGCAAAGUGUGGGACCCUGUCUGAUUUUGGAAGGAAUGAAGCACCGACACCAACAAAGUAUCCGAUUCCGCAGCUACAACUGGUGGAUAUGCAGUCGGUUUUAAGUGAAGCCCAGUCCGACAACCAUGAGAGAAUCAACAGCAAGUUCCCACUGCAUGACACACUCACAGGGACAGAAUAAAAAAGAAAACAAAUGGC